AAAUAAUAAAAAUGCGUUAAAUUUAUUGCCACUUAAUUUCACUUCAUAUAAUUAUUUUACUUGACAAAAAACUCUUUCUAUUUCACUUAUUUUAGCCAAACACAUAAAAAUAGAUUUUUUAAUUAGUUUAUAAAAUCAGUUAUAAAUGAACAUUAUCUAUCCGUUUAUGUACAUGUUGUUCCUCCGGGUAUCAUUUUUUUUGGUUCUGAAACAAGGUCCCGUUUAAAUAUUAUAAAUUUAUGUGUGGAUUUUGAGUUGAGUCAUUCUAGAUCUGGAUGAAUUCAGUUCUGAUGUAUAGAAACCUAAAAAUAUCUAAGUAACCAAUGUUAUCUAAAACGGAUUCGGAUAUUUGUAACAAAAUAGCCAUAUUACCUGAUUCAGUCCAUGUCUUUUGAAUAUCAUUAGUUAUAUUAUGAUACAUCUAAAAAUAUAUAACAAUAAUUAUGAAAAAUAAAUAUCGAUGUAUAAAAAUGUACAAACCAAUACCCGCGCGGGUGCGCGGGUCAAUCUCUAGUUUUGAAUUAAGAGCACAACACCAUCUAUGCAUGUGCAUAAACCACUAGUCUACUACGUUCGGUGUUAUUACUAUUUGUUGUUCGAUGGUCAUAAAAUUCAUUUUGCUGUGGGUGUUCAGUACUUCGGUGACAUUCUUUUUUUGGCUUUUCACCCAAGCUUGUUAACCGUUUCUAUUUUUUUACUGCAAACCAUCUUAAUUUGAUUUGAAUAAAAGUCAUAACCAUUGUAUUGUGGCGCGAACCAUUUAUAAUAAUACUACAUUUUUUGAACAUUUUUUAAUAGACUUUGGAGUAUCUCUUUUUCCCGCUUAUUUCAAAACUGAGAUUUACCAUCCAUGACUAUAUAUAGAGAUAUAUCCCUCAAAAGGAUGAUACAUAGAGGUGCUUUGUGUUUUUGAAGAUAGGUUACUUGAUAUCGUGUUUAGUUAGCCGGUCUUGAAAAAUAGAUGACUUGAUACAAAAACCUUUUGUUAUGAGUGAGUCUCUUGCUUUCUUGAUACUCAUUUGCUUUGAAUAAAAGUCAUAACCAUUGUAUUGUGGCGCGAACCAUUUAAAAUAAUAAUACUACAUUUUUUGAACAUUUUUUAAUAGAUUUUGGAGUAUCUCUUUUCCCGCUUAUUUCAAAACUGAGAUUUACCAUCCAUGACUAUAUAUAGAGAUAUAUCCCUCAAAAGGAUGAUACAUAGAGGUGCUUUGUGUUUUUGAAGAUAGGUUACUUGAUAUCGUGUUUAGUUAGCCGGUCUUGAAAAAUAGAUGACUUGAUACAAAAACCUUUUGUUAUGAGUGAGUCUCUUGCUUUCUUGAUACUCAUUUGCUUUGAAUAAAAGUCAUAACCAUUGUAUUGUGGCGCGAACCAUUUAAAAUAAUAAUACUACAUUUUUUGAACAUUUUUUAAUAGACUUUGGAGUAUCUCUUUUUCCCGCUUAUUUCAAAACUGAGAUUUACCAUCCAUGACUAUAUAUAGAGAUAUAUCCCUCAAAAGGAUGAUACAUAGAGGUGCUUUGUGUUUUUGAAGAUAGGUUACUUGAUAUCGUGUUUAGUUAGCCGGUCUUGAAAAAUAGAUGACUUGAUACAAAAACCUUUUGUUAUGAGUGAGUCUCUUGCUUUCUUGAUACUCAUUUGCUUGCUAUUUAGACCUUUCAGUUCUCAUCAUCUGUAUCCAUUAUAAUAUGGUCAACUCUAAACACAUACUAUAAUUUAGUUUCUUACGCACAUUCCUUUUGGUAUCUGGUAUUUGGCAUUGCCGUUUAUUCUCACAAGAUGUAUCCACUUUAUAUAGAAAAAACUCCUAAACAUAUAUUUAUAUCAAUAAAUUUUCUUAUGAUGUGCCAGUAACAACAUGUAUAAUUAAGUCUGAUCUCUUAAUAAAUCACUAAUAAUUUUCUAGUAAAGUAAAUUAUCUAAGUGUUUUGUCGAUUUCGAAAAAUAAGGAUUUCAUAUUAAUAUUUGACUAUUUUUUCCUCAUAUUAGAUAUUAAUUUUAACUAAAGCAUUUCAUCAUUUUAAUCUAUUUAAAGAUGUAAAAUCUUGUGAAGAUGUUCAUAUAGAAAAAAUUACCUUCCGCACCAAUGAGACUGCGCGUGAGCUUACACGCUCGCAAAUACUCUCUUUCAUAAUAAACACUUACAAAUUACAAUUGCUUUGCCAUUAAUUGGCAUUAUACUCUCAAUGCCCCCUAGAUCUUUUUUAUGGUUAUCUUAACUCAUUUAUUCAUAUCUUAACUCUCAAAUUUUUAUAUACAUCCAAGAGUUAAGAAUAAGAGAGCCUUGGUUUUUGACUAAUAUUAGUCUAAGGUUUAUUGUGUGAAGAAAUCUUCAGAUUCUAUUAGUACACAACCUCUGACACGUUUUGCUCAUAAUCUCAGUCUUUUAAUAACAAGAUGCAUCUCUUCUUCAGUUUCCACGCCCCAAGAAUAUAUAUAAGAACCACUCCACAACACCAAAGAGCAUAACAACAACAACACCAAAACUAAGAAGAGCUCUUGAGAGAAAUGGAUAACUCGAAUGUGGUCGUUAGGGGAAACCGUCAAGUGAAUGAAGAGAAGCCUCCUCCGCGAGUGUGUCCAAGGUGUAGCUCAGACAACACCAAGUUCUGUUUCUACAACAACUAUAGAGUGACUCAACCUCGCUACAACUGCAGGAACUGUCGCCGAUUCUGGACUCAUGGUGGAGCUUUAAGGGACGUACCAAUUGGUGGAAGAGCCCGCAAAAUCAAGCAUAUAGAUCAGCCAUCUGUUUCUCAGGUGGUUCCUGAUGAGAUCCAGCAGGUUAAUCAUCACCAACCUUUCUCACAUGUUCAAGAAACAACCCAGUUUCUUGAACCAUUUGGUGGUUCUUCUUCCUCUGCUGUUGUUGGGAACCAUUUCAGUUCGUUGCCUGAAACUCAUGGUGAUAUGAUGCUUCCAACUCGAAGUAUUCCACCGAUGGAUCUCUUUGAUGGAUUGUUUCACCAAGGUUAUUACGGUGCUGGACUCAAUAAUUUUGUUGGUAAUCAUUUGAUGAACCAAUCAAUUGGUGGACAUGUUGAUAACUAUAACAGUUACCGCGUGAACCAAGAGAAUCCAAACAUGCGAAACCAGAGCUUCACCAACACCAUGAUCAUGAACCAUAAUGUCGGCACUAGUGAAAGAAGAGGAUAUCCACGCAUUGAUCACAUGAUCAACAACAACAACAACAACAACAACAACAAGUCUGUGUUUAGAUCCUCCUAUCAUUAGGAGAAGCAUGGUCCUUGAAUCAUAACCGUUUUACCCGUUUUCUCUUUAUAUUAUGCUAAUAAUGUUUUAGUUUUUCGUUUAUGGUUUGUGUUCGGUCUUCUUGUUUUUCAGCUCUGUUGGGUCUUUUUGAUUUAAGUUCUAAAACUAUGCAUCUUUGUUUCCUUAAAUAUUAAGACAUAAGUUACCUGUCUGGUCUUUUCUAUAAUAUAUAUAAUUAAUCAUCACCAGUUCGUUGUGGGUUUCAUAACUUAUUAGUAAAAGAAAUAUCUAUGUGUUUUCAAUUUUUUUAUGGAUUGCUCUGUUUUUCUGAAAACGCCUGAUAUACAAGUUAUGUUACAAUCACUGAAGAAAAGAUGUCUCUAAAAGAAAUUCAAAUAUACUUAAAUUUGAUUUAUGUAAGAUUAAAUAUUUAAAUUAACAUAAUAAUUAGUUCAAUUUAAAUAUUUGGAUGGAGAAUAAAUAAAUAUUUUCAGUAUUUUGAACAUUUUCUGUAAUUUUUUAUAUUUACUUGUGGCUAUAUUGAUGAUUUUUAGAUAUUUUUAUUUUCUGAAUAUCUAAUAGAUAUAGAAUUUAAAAUAAUUAACAUAUUUAAGUAUAUAGUGAUUUAGAUACUUUUGAUAUCCAAAAUAUUUUAAUUUGGAUCACAUUCAAGUCUGGUUAUCUGGAUAUUAAACUUUUAGAUUCAUCUGACUAACUAAUCAGUUUUAUUUUUUGUUUAGUAUUACUUUCAAAUCUAGUUUGGUUAUUCGGAUCCAUAUAUUUUACCUAGACUUUCUUUCUUCUACAUAAUAAAGAAAGAAUAAAAUAAAUAUAAACAAAUAUUCUAGGCUUAUUUAACAUCUCCUAUAUAUUAAUAGAGAAACAUUUAAAAAGUUAUAACUUUUAGUUUGUAUUAAUUAAAAAAGUGUCAUGCUGAGUUGUCACGUAAUUAGAAUGCUAAUUUUUCUUACAAGGCGGCUUGAGAAUCAAUUGAAAAUUUUGUUAGUCUAAAAUUAAAUUGAUAGGAACUAUUAUAUUAUAUAAUAUAUCCAUUAUGGACCAUUCAUUUAUCAAAUUGAAUUAUUUCCUUACAUAAAACCUAUGGAAUUACCAAAUGUGAUUAAGAUAUAUAUAACAAUAAUUGAUUUUAAAUAAUAAAGAUUUGCUAACAAUUUGUAUACUUUCUAUCAUUUUUGUUUAAUUAUUUAUUAUUAAAAUAAAUUACAUAAUUACAUUGAUCAUAUAAUAAAAAUUUAGAUUUUUUUUGUAUAUGUUGUCUUUUGAAUUUUUCAAAACGAGUAUAAAUUACUAAAACUGUUAAAAGUGUCCCAUAAACUUUUGUUAUCAAGGUUUAAAUUUUUUUCUAUAAUAAGAUACAAUGAUUAUAAAAUCAUAUGAAUAAAUAAUUUUAUUUUAAUAGGUGUUAUGUUAAUAUAUAUAUAUAUAUAUUUCAUAUCAUUUAAAUUAAACUAUAUACAUCAUAUGAAAAUACAUACUUAUAUUUUAAUAUCUACGUUGAAUAUAUAUUGAAAAGUUAAUAUUUUAAUUUUUGAAAUCUUCAUUGUUUUUUAAAUAAUUAUAAAUUAUUGAAACCACUAAGCAUUCCACAUAAAAAACAAAAUCGUUGGUGUAAAAUUUUGUUACACAAAUAUGCAAAUAAUCAUAAAAUCAUAUGAGUAGAAACCUCAUUUAAUAAAUAUCCAUAUUAAAAGUAUAUUGUAUAUCUAUGUUAAUAUCAUUUAAAUUUAAUUAUAUAUCAUAUACGAUAAAUAAUAUUGAUUGCUUUGAUUUAUUUACACUAAAGUGAUUGCGAUCGUUUAAUUUAUAUGUGCAUGUCAAUUUAUUACAUAAUAGUAACUGAUUUAUUAGUUACUUAAUAUAUAAUUAUUAUUUUAUUAUUUUAAAACAUGAAGAAAAACAUAAAAUAUGUAAUAAAUAGAAAUUAUUUAUUCUGGUCAAGGCGCGGGUCUUAACCAAAGUAUGUAUAUCUUUAAUAAUUUUAAAUCUUUAACAUUUUUAAAAUAUCAGGCCAAAACAAAAUAACGAAAUGAGAAUAAACUUAAAAAUAAAUAUUUAUAUCAAGUAAUAAACAAAAUGAAAAAAGCGACACAAAAAUGAAAAGAAAUAUUGAAGAUAUUUAGAACUGGCACGUGAACGUGUACUUCUCAUUACCAUAAUUAACUUUUAAAUUAUUAAAUCAUGAUAUAAAAUUGAGCUCUCAUAUUUUCAUUGUAACCAAAUAGUAGGCCUCAGAUUCUUCGGCAUAAACGUUAGGUUCUUAUGCGAUAAAUGAUUUUUUGACCUAAAAUUAUUUUUAAAUAGGAUCAGCUCAUAAGUAAACAAAUUAUAUAAUUAACAAAAAAAUUAAAAAAAUUAUUUA